AUGUGGCUCAUCAACACGUCCACCAUCAAGCUCGAAAGAGCGAAUUCAGACGACUUACCCUCGACACCAUACGCCAUCUUGUCGCACACAUGGGCCGAGCAAGAAGUUACGUUUGAGGAUAUGAUCAGCCAUAGCCAAGUCAAAUGCAUGUUAGGAUAUACCAAAAUCGAAAACACAUGUCGGCUGGCUAAGGAGCGUGGCCUAGCCUACGCGUGGGUCGAUACUUGCUGCAUCGACAAGCGCAGCAGUGCAGAACUUGCCGAGGCUAUAAACUCUAUGUUCAGAUGGUAUAAACAGGCGACUGUUUGUUUUGCGCAUCUUGAAGAUCUACCACCGGGUGUCAACGGGAGUCUAGACUACGCAAGUUUGUCGUAUUGUAGAUGGUUUACUCGAGGUUGGACUUUGCAAGAACUGAUCGGCCCCAAGGACCUGGAGUUCUAUGACUGUGCAUGGAAGCUCAGGGGCAAGAAGACAGAUCUGGGUACAUUAAUAUCCGAAAUAACAGGCAUACAUGAAGAAGUGCUGAAUGACAAUUCUGCUCUGGAGAGCGUCCCCAUCGCUAGACGCAUGUCGUGGGCUGCAAAGCGGAAGACAACAAGGGUUGAGGACAUGGCCUACUGCCUUUUGGGUAUCUUCGACGUCAACAUGCCCAUGAUGUACGGCGAGGGCGCGAAGGCCUUCGAGAGACUACAGGAAGAGAUCAUCAAGCAGACAACCGACAUGUCCAUCUUCGCCUGGAAAGCAAACGAUGAAUCUCAAGACUACCGUGGUAUUCUCGCACAGUCGCCUGAUGAGUUCGCACACUGCGGCCAUAUUUCACAAGCGCCAAGUAUGCGAUGUGGCUAUGAGACAACCAUGACGAAUAAGGGUUUGAGGCUCGAGACGUUUCUAGGCGGCAGCAACGUCCUCAACCUAGCCUGUACUAAUCUCGACAGUUCCUAUGACAUAAAGAGGAUUGGAAUCUUUUUGACCAAAACUGCUGAUGGCUAUGUUCGUUCCUCUCCAACAACGCUUUUCGAGACAACGGAUUCAAGCCUCUGGGCUGGCGCUCGCUACAAGAUUUUUGUCCGCAAACGUGUUACGCCCUUUGUAUCAAAGCAAUUAAAACAAGACUUGGCAAAUAAUCUAACUGUCUACUUCGAUAUAUGCCCGGGCUUCCAAAUUUGCUCGUUCGCUGCCAAGCCGGCAGACUUGUGGGAUCAGCAUCGUCAUGCAUUCAUUGGAAACAUCAAUCAGAAGUUUGCCGGCUUUUUGGACUUUAAGAUCUCAGACAAGGCGGGAUCGUUUGUUUCCAACCGCAUCAUUGCGGUGUGCAGUUUUUAUCUUCGGCAUCCAUACGGUUCGAAAGGCAGCUAUGGUACUUGGAAGGCGAUAUACGAUUCAAAGGGGGGGCCAGCUUCGGAUGCGAUUAUGGAAUGCAUAAAUGGGUAUUAUAAUUCUUACGGCGAGGAGUAUUAUCUGUCUCGACUGGCGGACGCAGUUAUUCAGCGAGAGUGGGAUCCGCUGCGAGGGGAGUGGGAUCUGCAGCCAGAGGUGAAUCUACCAUCUGGCAAUGAAGGGUGUCAUCUGUGUAUAUCGUCAUAUCUGCGUAUGGAUCCUGAAAACGGGGCACGUAGUUUAGUUAUCAAACUCUCAACUUUGACAUUGUUCCUCCCAUCUCUACCCUACUUAACGCAUCCCCUACUCCAUCGCUACAAGUUUAGAUCGACUACAAGUCAGCCUUUCUGUGCUCACUUACUUUACCUCAUUACCACAACAACCGAAGUGUACGACUGUCGCCAUAUAUACUCAGUCGCCAACGCUAUCGCGACCUUCACUAUUCCAAGCGACGAAGCGGCUGUGCCUGCCCAGGCAGACAUCGUGGGCAUCCCUGGAGCCGUGAUGACUACUCUCAGUCUUACUCAAGGACUCUUACGUGCAGUAUCGGCUGACAACGUUAACCCGCAAGCCGUGAUACAAAUGGAGCGACUCGGAUCUUGUUUUCAUUCCAAUGGUCCAUGGGCCUCUAGAGUCCCCGAUCUCCUGUGCAGAGCAUCGUCUGUAAGACUUGAGAGGCUCUCUGCAUGGAUAGACUGGGAGAAGAAUGAUACAGCGUCGUUCAUGAGCAAGACGACAGGUGGCAAGACGAUUAGGUGA